AUGUCGACCGCAGUGGCUUCCGUGGCUCUGUCCUCACCGCAUCCACAUCGCAACCCCAGCCCGCGAAACUUGCCGGCUAGUGCUCCCUCAAAUUCAUCUCCCCGGAUGUCCACAAGCCCCCGAGAUGCUUCAGCCGCAAAGGGCUCUCCGACCGAGAAGAAAGGUCCCGCGUCUCCAUCCCAAGGAGGCCCGAGAAUCACAGUGAAAAAGGAACCCGGAUCACCGCCGCGCAUGCAGAGUCGCCCUCGUCCUCGGAAAUUGGAUCUCUCGACCAGCCUCCCAUCCUCCAGCGCUCGCGAUGGUGUGACGAUGCAAGAUGUCGGCCUGGCGUGCCUAUCGCCGGGAUUCCAGACCCACGAUCCCAUCAUGCGGGAGCAGCUGCAGCGCAGCCUUUCCGUGCGGGAUCAGCAGCGAUCGAUAAUUGAGCAGCGCAUGCAGAGAUCGGCCAAGGAUGAUGGUCCGGACGGCGUCAAGCCAUCGGAAUCGGGGCUCAUGGGCAUGCCCAAAGGAACCUCCAAGCGACGACCUCCGCCAGGCUUGUCUAUCGUCCCUCCGUCCGCCUCCCAGUUCGCAAACGAGCGAGUGAUCCAAUCCGCGCCGCUACACCAGACUUUUACUGGUCGCUACCAGCCGCAGCCACUGACUCGCCAUGUGGUCAACCAGAGCCCGACUCUGGGCGCAACCUCGCACAUGCAUCAAUUGCCAGCCACACAGACCAACAACCGUCUUCCUCCCCUCUCCGAUGUCUUCGGAUCGGAUGCCUUGGGCCGCGACCGGGAUUCAGGCCCCGCCAACAUCCAUCUGAACGCAUCCAGUACAAACUCCUCGCAAUCCAACACUCUGGCGCCAAUGCCUUCUCCCGGCCUUCCUCCCAGCGUAUCCCACACCCCCAACCGACCCCGAGAGUACCGCUCCGCUGAGGAGGCCGUGCAGGAGAUGUCUGGCGGACGGGAGGAACUGCUGCCACGCAUCGUGCACUAUGGUGGCCACCAGCCUCCCACCCCACCAUCGCCCCAGAUCCUCCACGCAGGUCCCAAGACUGCCCCAAUGGCUCCGGAGCCUCCACCAGCCCCGGGUGCGCCCCCAGCACACGGCAUGUACCUGCCCACAGAUGUCGCCGGACGCCGACGCCCUCGAAGCGAGUACGAGCGGGAUAAUGGAAGCCCACCGCUAGGCAAUGGCCCAGACUCCCAAUACCGGCCCAACCCAGCUUCCACGGCCGGCCUCCAGACAUCAUUUCCUGGACCUUUCGGCGCAGGCAGAGACUCGCCCGAGACACAGCGGAGAAAGAAGGAUGAAUUCCUGGGUCUCUGCGCCCGCGCCUGGGAUCUUUUCCAUUCGUGA